UAUUGCAUCAACAUGUUCUAGUGAUGUUUAUAUUUUUGAUAUGAAUCCAACCUUAUAAGAAAUUUUAGACAUUAUGAUUAUUUUAAGUAUAUAUGUUUUCAAAUGCAUCAUUGUUUUACUGUAUAUAUAACAGUUUUAUAACAGUUUUAUGACAAAAAAACUAUAUAUAACAGUUUUAUAACAUUAUGAUUACUUGUACGUGUAUGUUUUCAAAUGCUUCAUAAUUUACAUUAUAUAUGACAAAUAUCUUUUAUCAAACAUUCUCGUUAAUAUAACAUGUAUAAUCAAUCAUCCAUUCGAUCAUAAAUAAAAUGUUUCAGGUGAUGGAUGAUAAGAAAAAUGGAAAAGCGGUUUGGGUUCCUGUUAGUACUCGAGUAGAAGAUGAUGUUGUUGUUCCCGACCUUGAUUAUUCCAACAUUGAGAAUCCUGAUGAAUUUAUAGAAGACUAUACGUCACAUCUGGCUAAUAACCCAAUGGACGUGUCCAGACCUUUAUGGGAAUUUCAUGUUCUGAAUAUAAAGACAUCAAAUGCAGAAUCUUUUGGUAUAGGGAAGUUCCAUCAUUCACUGGGCGAUGGCAUGUCGCUUAUGUCUCUUCUGUAUGCUAGCUCACGAAAAACAUCAGACCCAGCUUUUCCUACUACUGCGACUACAAGAAAACAUGUUGAAUCCAAGAAUCUUUGGUGGUUGGUUGCCAGAUUUUGGUUUAUAAUAAUGAAUUUUACAACUUUUGUUGAAAUGUGCAAGUUUAUCCUAACACUAUGUUAUUUGAGGGAUACUAAAACUCUUCUUGUUGGUAAAUUCGGAAAUAAAGUUCAGUCUAGAAAGGUUAUCCAUCGGAUAAUAAGCCUUGAUGAUGUCAAGUUCGUGAAGAACACAAUGAAUGUGGUAGAUAUAUAAGUAUUUACAAUUAUCAUUUUUAAUAUUUGUUGCUUGUUUCGUUUUCUUAUAUUAGUAACUUCAGAAUUUGUCUUUCCUGUAGAAGGUGAAUGAUGUUUUUCUUGGAAUGACACAGGCAGGUCUCUCAAAAUAUUUGAGUAAAAAAUAUGGUAAGUUUAUAUUCCAUAAAUAUGCAUUUACAUUAUCAAUAUCUUCUUUUCAUGCAGAAAACUACAAUAUUAUAGGAAUAGGAAUACUUCAUUAACAUUUAGUUACAUAUUUAAAAGACGAUGAAAAUCCAGUGGCCGUGAAUAAAAAACAAAUAUUAAACAAACCCCGUCUUCGUGGUACAAUAGCUGUAAAUCUAAGACCAGCUAUAAAAAUCGAGGUAACCCAAUAUAACUAUUAUCUUUCUUUCUUUUUUGAGGAAAUAUAACUAUUAUCUUACAAAACAAUAAUUUAAAAAAUUAGAAUGCAAGAAUUUGAUUAAACAUGAAACUGUAGGAUAUUGCUGAUAUGAUGACAAAAGGAUGAAAAUGUAGAUGGAGAAACUUAAUAGGUCUUGUUGUAUUUCCUUUAUGGAUAAGAUGUGAGGACGAUCCCUUGAAAUACGUUAGGAGAGCCAAAACUACUAUGGAUAAGAAAAAAAAUCUCCAUGGAACCACUUAUAUCAUAUGACAUCGUCAAAAUAAUCAUGAAAAUAUUUGGGGAAAGGUAAAAUAUAAAACUAAUAUUAACUUCUUUUUUUUUUUGAAAAAAGGGCUAAAACUAAUAUUAACUUUCCAUCCAUAUGUUU